CAAACGUGCGCGUGCGCCCGUUGUAUGCUCGAUGAUAAAGCUCGCAAUUUUAGUUGUCAGUCGGGAGCGUGCCGUGGAUCGAGACGGUCCUCCCAUUCGGUCGGCGCGGGAAUCCGUGCGCGUUUAUCAUCCAUCCGGUCGUAUCAUCAUCUACAAACGAACCACUUUUUGAACAUCGAAUAGUAUUCUGGUUGCCCUCCACAGAGGAAUCCAGUGGCAUGGGUGAUGGUUCCAAGAUGACAAUGUGGCGGCUCGUGGCGGCAGUGGUAGUGUUGUGCGCGUACGCACACGUCGCCGCGGCCGACGCGCGCGCCCCGCAGCCCACACGCCCGCCGCGCUUGUGGCCCCGCGCAUCGCGCACUCUCUCAGAGCGCAAACCUAACCAGUUCGUUGGCCCACACGUGUGCAGAUCUCGCAACAGCACGCAUUGCUGUCCUGGAUGGACGUCCAGACCCAACUCUUUACUUUGUAUAGUCCCUGUAUGCCGCCCUGAUUGCGGUUCUCCAGGAGCAUGUGUAGCUCCAAACAUGUGUCGAUGUGCUGGAGGAGUAGAGGCGCCAUCUUGUGGAGGAGGUGGACUGUAUCCGUAUCCAGUUCGGACGCCGGGUGGUUGUCGCCGAAUCUGUAUGAAUGGCGGUACUUGCUCAAAUGGAACUUGUUCCUGUGCACCUGGCUGGAGCGGAGAAUUUUGUACAGAACCCAUUUGUCGGGAGCCGUGUUUACAUGGUGGCAGAUGUAUAGCUCCGGACAGAUGUGUCUGUUUCCAUGGACUCUCAGGGACGAGGUGUGAGAUCGAUAGACGAACUGGUCCUUGUUACACGGACACUCGAGGAGCUCUGUGCACGGGAGCUCUCGAAGGUGUAGUGUGUACGAAACAGCUGUGUUGUGCGACUGUUGGUGUAGCCUGGGGACACCCCUGUGAGCGCUGUGGGGAUCUCGACUGUCCUCAGGGACAUCUUAGAAACUUAGCUACUAAGGAGUGCCAGGAUAUAGACGAAUGUGCAGCUGUCCCAGGAUUGUGUCAAGGUGGUCGGUGUAUCAAUUCAAUUGGUUCAUUUUCCUGCGAGUGUCCACCAGGGCAGAGACGUCACAGGGUGACCAAUAACUGUGAGGAUAUCGACGAGUGUGAAGACCCUGAUAUUUGUCCCAACGGCAAAUGUGUGAACACAGAAGGCGACUACUACUGUCUCUGCAACCCUCAUUUCAUUCCUAGUCCAGACAAGAAAUUCUGUAUAGAUGGUAGAGUGGGCAGCUGUUUCACAUACAUGAGUGAGACCGGUGAAUGUGCCGACCGCUUACCGAUGCCGCUGUCCAACCGUGACUGUUGCUGCGGUUACAACAUGGGAAGAGCCUGGGGUGACAUGUGUACUCCCUGUCCCCCUAGAGGAUCCACUGAAUGGACUCACCUUUGUGGUGGUGGUGUGAUCCCACCGAACUGGCGCCGCAAUGUAACUGGUGGUGGCGGGGAGGAUGAUGGCUCUGGUGGUUCUUACGAACCUCCAGCGAUUGCCAAGAUCAAUGAGUGCAUGCUUAGGAACGGCAUCUGCGGUCUAGGUACCUGCGUGGAUAAGGAUAUUGGAUACCAGUGUGAUUGUUGGGAUGGAGCUGAGUCAGUGGUGCAGGAUGGUAACCCGACCUGUAUCGAUAUCGACGAAUGUGCUCUCGAAUAUUGUAAAGGAGGUACUUGUGUCAACAAACCCGGUGGUUUUGAAUGCAGAUGUCCUCCUGGUUUCGAUCCGAUUGAGGGUGGACUGAGAUGUAGCGAUAAAAACGAAUGUGAAUCUACACACGGUGGCAUGUGUACUAAUGGAGUAUGCAGAAAUAGUGAUGGAGGAUUUGAAUGUGUGUGCAACCCUGGCUACGAGUCGACAGAGACAGGCCACGCGUGUCGUGACGUGGACGAGUGCCGUGACAACCCUCGCGUCUGUCGCCGCGGUCGGUGUCGCAACACUCCAGGGUCGUAUGAGUGCGAGUGUGAGCCUGGCUUCUCCAUCACUGCUGGUGGAUACUGCACGGACAUCGAUGAAUGUGCUGACAAGAGUGUCUGCCAGGGUGGUCGCUGUGUGAACAGCGAAGGAUCAUUCCAGUGUGUAUGCGAGGCAGGAUACCGUCCGACCCCUGACCGAGGUGCCUGUAUCGAUGUCAACGAAUGUUCCGAGCAACGAGUCUGUAGGAAUGGGCGUUGUCACAACACGCCCGGCUCGUUCAGAUGCGAGUGUUUACCCGGGUUUACUCUUAGUAACGAUGGAAGAACUUGUCUUGACGAGGUUCAAGACUUGUGUUAUGAGAAAUAUGAAGAAGGACAUUGCACUCUACCGGGUCAGAAUCCAGUCACAAGAUCUCAGUGUUGUUGCAGUUCUAGCAAAGGUCUCAAAUUAGGUUGGGGUGUUGCUUGCAAACAGUGUCCUGAACAUGGAAGCAAGGAGUAUGACAUCCUCUGCCCUGAAGGUGCCAGCAAGGACAAUGGAGGAGCUGACAUCAACGAGUGUACGAUGAUCCCGGGCAUCUGUCCUCACGGAACCUGCGAGAACUUGGAACCAGGCUACAAGUGUAUCUGCGACCCUGGGUUCCAUCCUGAUGCUGAUGGGAUCUGUAGGGAUAUUGACGAAUGUGAUAUGCACCAGUCUUAUUGUACGGGCGGCCAGUGCCGCAACACUCUGGGUAGCUUCACGUGCGUAUGCCCGUCGGGAACUCGUUACGAACCCGACGAACAAAUCUGCAGAGACAUAGACGAAUGCGAGGAGCAAUCGAAUCCUUGUGACAACGGCCGCUGCAUCAACUCGCACGGUAGCUACGAAUGCGAAUGUGAAAAUGGAUUUGUUCUCGAUGCUACUGCACAACAUUGCAUUGAUAACCGCCGUGGUUCUUGUUGGCGUCGAGUGGUGGACGGUCAGUGUGAAGCUGCAGCUCUCAGGCCACUACUGCGCCAAGAGUGCUGCUGCAGCGUGGGUUUGGCUUGGGGCUCUCCCUGUGAACCUUGUGAAGUCGAUCACUGUCCUUGUCCUAAAGGAUUUGCUAAAUUGGAUGGUGCAACAUGUCGUGAUGUGGAUGAGUGCCAGCUUGACUCGGAGCUGUGCAUCGGCGGCACGUGUAUCAACACAGACGGCUCCUACAGAUGCGAGUGUCCACCGGGACUUGCACUUGAUACCACUGGCAACCGCUGUGUGGACACUCGCCGAGAGUAUUGCUACACAGACUUCAUUGGUGGACGUUGCUCCAACCCACUUCAGAUUGAAGUACUCAGAGCUGUUUGUUGCUGUUCUUCACUUGGAAAAGCCUGGGGUGAUCAUAGAUGCGAAGCGUGUCCUAAAAAGGGGACGGACGCAUAUCGUAACCUAUGCAUUGCUGAGGGUACUGGCCAUUCUCCUACUAUCUGGGAUCGUCCCGGAGAUACGUCUGGUAAUGGAACUGCCAUCUGGGGAGGUGGUAACGGUCAUGGUGGCAGCUCUGGAGGUGGUGGUGGAGGUGCUGGUGACUAUGAUUGGGGAACCGGAGGAGAAGAUAACUGGGGGAACAUAACUGGAGAUAGUUGGCAUAAAGGUGGACCCGGAGUGAUACCAGGACAGAUGGAGGUCAAUGAGUGUGCCGCAUUCCCAGGGCUUUGUGGACAUGGACGCUGUAGGAACCUCGUCGGUACCUUCACUUGCGACUGUUUCCCUGGUUAUGAGAAGGAUUCAAAGAACCACACGUGUGUUGAUGUAAACGAGUGUGAGAUAGUGGACGGAGUAUGUGGUGCUGGUGAGUGCCGUAACACUGAGGGUAGCUUCACCUGCCACUGUCAUCCAGGCCACAAAGCUGAUGACUUCUCUAAAGUAUGCGUUGAUAUUGACGAAUGCGCUGAAACCCGAGGCUUGUGUCGUGGUGGUCGCUGCAUUAAUACUCCAGGGUCAUUCCGUUGUGAAUGUGGACCUGGUAUGGAAUUGGCUCCUGAUAGACUGUCCUGCAAAGACGUGGAUGAAUGUUCUAUCACUUCGGGUAUCUGCAGCAACGGUGCUUGUGAAAAUCUCAUGGGUACAUACCAGUGCGUGUGCGAUGAAGGUUACGCGCAGUCUACUGUCAAAUCCCAUUGUGAGGACAUUGAUGAGUGUACCGAGGAUCCCACCAGAUGUCAGCACGAGUGUGUCAAUACGCCUGGAUCUUACCAUUGUACUUGCAGGGAUGGCUGGCAUCUCCGUGCUGAUGGUCGUACAUGUCGUGACAUCGAUGAAUGUGGUAAAGGUGCUCGUCCCUGUGGUGGUGGAGAGUGCAGAAACACUCCUGGAUCUUAUGUCUGUACUUGCUCCGAUGGACUGCUACCGUCACCUGACGGAUCUAAACCAACGUGCCAGGAUAUCGACGAGUGUGCUGACGUUCCAGAUCUGUGCGGAGCUGGCGAAUGUCAUAACACGAUCGGUAGCUUCGUGUGCCGCUGUCCUGAUGGCUACAGUGUGAAGCCGGAGCAAGGCCCAGCCUGUACUGAUGAUGAUGAAUGUGAACUCGGCACCUGCGACUGUCAUCCUGCUGCUGAUUGUAUUAAUUUACCCGGUUCCUUCCAAUGCCGCUGUCGUGACGGAUGGCGAGGAGAUGGAACUGAAUGUGAAGAUAUUGAUGAGUGUCUCACCAACAAUGGUGGCUGCCAUCCGCGUGCCACUUGCACCAACACUGACGGUUCCUUCAUGUGUCUCUGUGAUACUGGAUACAAAGGCGAUGGCUACUCUUGCGUGGACAUCGACGAGUGUGCCAACGACCCCACCCUGUGUGAGAAUGGACACUGCACCAACACACCCGGUGGAUAUGAGUGCGACUGUGACGUCGGCUUCACCAAGUCUCCUGAUGGAAGGUCCUGCCUUGAUAUGGACGAGUGUGCAACAUUCGACAAUGUAUGCGUAUUCGGUCGUUGUGUCAAUACCUACGGCAUGUUCAAAUGUAUCUGCGACAAGGGAUACCAAUCGGACAGCAUCGAUGACUUGAUGCCUGGUUUCAACUGUACCGAUGUGGACGAGUGCAAAUCACCACAAUCUUGUCAGUAUGGUCAGUGCAUCAACACGCAAGGGUCUUACAUCUGCCGGUGUCCACCGAACUACGAACUGGUCUCUGAUGGAACUGCUUGCUACGAUUCAAGAAAGGCACGCUGUUACGGUAAAGUGGACCUGAAAUCUGGCACUGAACAUUGUCGGGAUAGUGAUGAGCUGUCAGAAGAUGGCACUAUGGCGGCCUGCUGUUGUUCUGUUGGUGCUGCUUGGGGCAACUACUGCGACCUGUGUCCAGAGCCUGGAUCUGAAGCUUAUAGACAACUAUGUCCCGGUGGUCCAGGAUACCAACCUGUUCUUGAACCUCCUUCAUACGUCGUAACUCUAGCUGAUAUCGAUGAAUGCGCCCAACACCCAGCCCUCUGCGAGCAUGGCACAUGUACCAACACCUUCGGAUCUUUCGUGUGUACGUGCGGUGACGGCUGGCAGCUCACCCAAGAUGAGCAGCGCUGUGAAGACAUCGACGAGUGUGCCAGGCCUGACAUUUGCGGUCCUGGUAUCUGCAGAAACAUGCAGGGAUCCUAUGUGUGCCUGUGUCCCGAGGGUUAUGUGGCCAUGCCUAAUGGAAAGGAAUGUGUGGAUGUUCGUCAACGUCAAUGUUACAUGGACUGGGAACCAGACACUGGUCGAUGCACUGGCGCUGCCGGUGUACCACAAACUAAGUACCUUUGCUGUUGCUCCGUCGGUAAAGCUUGGGGAGCACCAUGCGAGCCCUGUCCUGACAAGGGAUCUCAUGAACACAUGGCGCUCUGUGGCGAGAAACCAGGAGAGUACAUCAAUCCUAUGACCAAUGAGACAAAACCGAUUAAUGAGUGUGACAUCAUGCCACAGUUAUGCAAACCUGGUACUUGUCACGACACACCGACUGGAUUCCAAUGUGGAUGUGAUCAUGGGUAUGAGCACGAUAACACAUCACACUUAUGUCGAGACAUCGACGAGUGUGCAUUGCAUCGCACUCCAUGCCGAGGCCUGGCUCAGUGCGUGAACCUGCCGGGGGCGUACGAGUGCCGCUGUCCACCAGGCUACAGGCUCACAGCCUCACUCGAUGAGUGCGAAGAUGUUGAUGAGUGCGCAGACGAGAGACUUUGUGAACAUGGCGAGUGUAGGAACACAAUUGGAUCUUACAGAUGUGACUGUAAACCUGGAUACACACUGAGGGACAACGUAUGCCGUGAUGUAGACGAAUGCUCUCGUCCUCGGCCCAUGUGCCGCAAUGGCACGUGCGAGAACUUGCCUGGGUCCUACAUGUGCCACUGCGAUGACGGAUUCAAACCCGGUGCCAACAAUGAUUGUAUCGAUAUCAACGAGUGUCGCGAAGGUGGCAUGGUGUGCCGCAACGGUAGAUGCCGUAACACAGUGGGAUCGUUUCGAUGUGAGUGUGCACCUGGUUACGCGCUGACGGCCGACGCCCGCCAUUGCCGGGAUGUCGACGAAUGCUCUGAGCUCCCACACCCUUGUGGUAGAGAUGGGUCACCUUCUUGCACCAACACUAAUGGAGGAUACGAAUGUUCAUGCGGCGCUGGAUGGAGACUUGUAGGUAGACGGUGCGUAGACCGAGACGAGUGCAAAGAGAUUCAGUACGUUUGUGCUGGCGGCGAGUGCAGGAACUUCAACGGCGGUUACGUAUGCGACUGUCCUCCCGGUUGGAGAUUUGACAAAGCGGCUGCUAUCUGUGUGGACGAACGAAAAGAACUCUGUUAUGAUGAAUGGGACUCUGGCCGGUGCCACCGAGCUAGACCUCUACAGCUCGGAAGACCCGAGUGUUGUUGUUCUGAAGGUGCUGCUUGGGGUAGAUACUGUGAACGUUGUCCGGCUCCAGAUUCUCCUGAAUUCCUAAGAAUUUGUCAAGGUGGAAUGGGCCGACCAAAUCUUACUCAAGACUUGGAUGAGUGCAAGGUUCGCCCCGACGUUUGUAAGGGCGGUCGCUGUAUCAACACGGACGGCUCCUUCCGCUGCGAGUGUCCACCGGGCUACACCCUGGAUGAGACCGGCCUUGUCUGUGUGGACGCUGACGAAUGUGCUGCCGACCCCAGGAUCUGUGGCAAUGGAACCUGCACCAAUACCCCUGGAGGAUACGAAUGUAGAUGUAACUUUGGAUUUACGCAGGGUCCUGAACAGACGUGCGUGGACAUAGACGAAUGUGCAGAAGGACGGGCGAUGUGUACAUUCCGUUGUCACAACACGGCUGGUUCGUUCCGUUGUACGUGUCCCUAUGGAUACGCGGUCGCCCCCGACGGAGUACAUUGCAAGGACAUUGAUGAGUGCGCCCAGGAUAACAAAGUGUGUCCACAUGCUUGUGAAAACGUUGUUGGUUCUUACAUGUGCAAAUGUCCUGAAGGGUACAGACGUACAUCUUCUCCACAUGACGCUCCAGACGCCUGUGAGGACAUUGACGAGUGCUCAGAGGACCCAGACCGUUGCUCUCCCGGUGUGUGUAUCAACACCGAAGGAGGAUUCGUCUGCGACUGUGACGCGGGAUACCAGCCCAGUGAUGAUGGAAUGGCUUGUAUCGAUCACCGCACUGGCAUGUGCCACAGGUCAUUAGUAUCAGGACGCUGUAUGCCGGAGCCAUGGCCGCGUGCUAUUGCGUCAACACCUGCACCCCCUGCACACGUCACCAAGGCUCAAUGUUGCUGCACGCUUGGCGUUGCUUGGGGCCCAGAAUGUGAGCUGUGUCCUCAACCUGGCACCCCAGAACGACUCGAGCUCUGCUCUCCUAUCAACCUCGGCCCAGGCAUCGGAGGACCUGGCACGGGCAUGAUACCCGGCCUUACUGGCGAAAAUCACGGCUUAAUUGGAAAUGGUAUUGACAUGUUUGAUGUGGAUGAAUGCGCUGCUAUGCCAGGGUUAUGUGCACCGGGCAGAUGUGUCAACACUAUCGGCAGUUUCCGAUGCGUAUGUGGUCGUGGUUAUAAGGCUGCUGGCGAUGUUUGCGCUGACGUGGAUGAGUGUAGCGUCAGACCGCCCCCAUGCGAACAGCUCUGUAAGAACACGGAGGGUUCCUAUGAGUGUCUCUGCAGAACUGGCUAUGAGGUGGAUGAAGAUGGAGCUAACUGUAGAGAUGUGGACGAGUGUGAACGUGGAACACAUACUUGUCAACAGAUUUGUAGUAACACUGAGGGAUCUUAUGAGUGCUCAUGUCAAGAUGGAUAUGAAAAGAGAGGCGAUGCGUGUGUUGAUGUGAACGAGUGCCAUGAAGAAGGUUUGUGUCCACCGCCUGGCAAGUGUGUGAAUCUGUUGGGCUCAUUCCGUUGCGUGUGUCCACGUGGGUUCCGGCUGGACAUCGCGGGUGCUCGCUGCCUCGAUCGAGAUGAAUGUGAUGAUGGACGCUGCCAGUCUCCGUGCAGGAAUUAUGCUGGAGGAUACCGGUGUGACUGUCCUGCAGGUACUACUCGAUCAUCAAGCGGCGUCUGCGUGCCACAAGAUCCUUGUUCUGCAGGACCAUGUGGCACGUCACCAUGCUUCGCCGUGGCUGGAGCUUACCGGUGCGGCUGUCCAUCUGGAUACGGCUGGGAUGCCGGACACGCAGUGUGUCUUCAGUUGGCAGGUGGUUGUGCAACCGCCAGUUGUCUAUACGGCUGUAACUCCUUCGGCGAGUCGUAUCAGUGCGGCUGUCCCGCCGGGUACCAGCUCGUGGGCGCGGGACACUGUCUCACAGCCCUGGAUGGAGCCCUACCACCAGAUGAUAUUGGAGACGCCCCCGUCUUCCCUGUUCGCGAUCAGUACAAGAUUGGUGGCGAUAAAGACUUGAUAUCUACUGAAGGAUGCUUCAGUUGUAAGGUGAACGGCCGAAGACGAAGAGCUCCGGAUGAAGCGAUAGUAUACGCUAAUGGCACAAUGAUCGUACGGAAACGGAAAAGGAGAAGUCGACGUCGUCGCUCGUUGCUGGAGCCGGAGGCGGAGCUGAUCGUGGUGUCUGCGACGGCGCAGCAGACGUGGGGCCGCGCGCCGCUGCUGCGCCUGCUGCCCGCCGCCGCCGGCCCGCGCGCCCACUACCGCAUCGCAUACGGAGACGACCAGAAGGACUUCGUGCUCUCCAAGCGAGACGGCACCUGGGCGCUCAGGCUGAGAAGGCACCUCAAGAGCCAAGCGGUGCUGGAGAGACAGUUGGAGCUGGAGGCGCGGUUCGUGGCGCCGCCGACGGGCGUGGCGCGGCGGCGCGCGCGGCGGCAGGCGGCCGACGUGCCGGCGCCGCUGCGGCUCUACGUGUCCGUGCGUGUCGCGCCCUCCGCUCGCUGACCCUCACGUCACUCGCCGCCUACUACUUACAGACAGCGCUACCCUCCCGCACCACGACGUAUGCGCAAACGGAGCGACGACAUCGUCAGUUCUCUCCCUUACCUCGUGUCUAACUAAAACGUCGACGAGUGGUCCAGGGGGCGCUAGCUGUAACUGCUAUCUUGUGUCCAGUAGUGAGACUUGUAAAUAUACUCCUUAUUUAUAACACUGCCAACUUCAACGACUGCCAAUUCGUAUGUAAAUUGUUAAAGUAAUUAUAAAAUUAAUUGAUUAGUCGAAUAUAUCGCUGAGGUUUACCGAUUGGAAUGUAUCGUUAAAGUCUCACUACACAAUUGAAAUUAAUUGAUGUGUCAUUGAAAUGAUAGACUGGUUCUGUUUAAUGUGUGACUAAAUAUUAUGUGUCGACGGAAUUGUUGUGUUUUGAUGUUCAUGUGAGAAUCGACUCGGUUAUUGCGAUUAUUUUGAUAAAGUUUUAUAAUUUUCAAUAUGGCCGUCCCCACAAAAUAUUUGCCGCAUGUUUCCAUCGGGUCGGGCCGGGUCGGCUCGCUCGGCCUUGUCGGCAGUAUUAAAUAAUUUGUGUGAGAUUGAAUGCAUAAUACGUAGUUAGUUGAUGAUUUUACCGAUCAACGUAAUAACCAUGUUUUGUUAUGGAAAUAGGAUCGAUAAUUGUGUAAUAUUAACAAUACAUCACUAGUUCAUUUGCCAUUGAUAUGAAAGCCAGUGAGUAAGUUUAUUCUCAUUAUCGUAAGCGAACUAAUUGUUUAUUUAAGCUCUUGUUCUUUCUACUCUAUUUACCGAAUCUAUUUAAUUUUCCAUACCCUACACAUUUUUUUAAUGCUGGUCUUUUUAUAUCUUUAUUGUUAUCAGACGGACAACAUUUGGUCGUCAUUGUCUUGUACGUAGCAUAUAAGACUACUAGACUAGACUUUAAAUAAUUUGCCUAUUUAUUUUUAUAUACAAUCUGAAAAGUUUACGGUUUAUUAUUAAAAAUAAUAUUAUUACUUUGGACCACUUACUCUCGUCUAUAAAAAGUACAAAAACCAAUGCAAUAGUCUUGUUUGUAAAUAUGUGUAUACAAUAUUAAAAUUAAUAUAAAAUAUUUAGUUGUGUUAGUAAAGAAUAUUAUAAGAACUAUUUUUAUUUUAACUUAGAUUUAAGGUGAAAUGGAUCAAAACGAAAUUAAUAAAUUUUUAAUUCGA